ACAUUUCCGACGCCCUUAAAGGCAGCAUGUAGCACUGAGUGUGUGCGGGCAGUUAAAAGUCAACUUAUUUGUUUGUCGUUUUUCGGUUAUUAUUAUGUUGUUUUUUUCUUCCAUUAGUCGUACAGUGAAUGAGUAGCUACUCGGUGAUGUCCACGCUUGAAGAAGAGAAGGGGAGGAGGUGAAAGUCGCUGCUCUUGUCGGUUCGAACAAAUCCCGGAACUAAAGUGGAGGAGUGGGAGAGGAGCUAACGUUAGCUAGCUUUUUGUUGACAGUGCGCGCGCUGUCAAAAGUUCCUCUUCGUAACUCAGCGGAACACUUUGACACUUCAUUUAGCUUCAUUCUGCUGCACGUGUGUUUGAAGCGAAAUUAUACUUAAGAAAAUAACUUUUUAACCACUUGUAGCUAGAAGAUGGCAUCAAGAGGAGGCUUCACGGGUCCACCGAUGAACCCGGGUGUUAACCUUAUGAAUGUGGGGCAUUCGGCGGGCAUGAGGAUGCCCGGACUGCCGCAGCCUCUGACCGGAUACCCCCGCAGCAUGAACCACUCUCCCCAGUACCUACAGCGCCCAGGGAUGCCACCUAAUAGGGUUGGGGGCUCCAUGGGGUCAAUGGGGGGUCAGCUGCCGGGUCCUUCUUUUGGUGGUGGGAACAUGUCCAUGCGGCCAGGCAUGGGGCCUCCGAGCAUGGAAGCUUCAAGGAAGCGGAUCCUCCAUCAGCAUCAACAACAGCAGCAGCAGGAGGCAAUGGGAGGAGGCCUCAGAAGAGGGACAAAAAGACGUAAGAUGGCAGACAAGGUUCUUCCGCAGAGGAUACGUGACCUAGUCCCUGAGUCCCAGGCCUACAUGGACCUCCUAGCCUUUGAAAGGAAACUGGACCAGACUAUUGCCCGAAAGCGCAUGGAGAUUCAGGAAGCCAUCAAGAAGCCUAUUAUGCAAAAACGCAAACUCAGGAUCUACAUUUCCAACACCUACACACCCAGCAAGCCCGAGGGUGAGGAGGCAGAGAAGGUGUCCUCCUGGGAGCUGAGAGUGGAGGGCAAACUCCUGGAGGAACCUGGCAAGCAGAAGAGGAAGUUCUCAUCUUUCUUCAAGAGCCUGGUGAUUGAGCUGGAUAAGGAGCUCUAUGGACCUGACAACCACUUAGUUGAGUGGCAUAGAAUGCCCACCACUCAGGAAACUGACGGUUUCCAGGUUAAAAGACCCGGUGAUGUGAACGUGAAAUGCACCCUACUGCUCAUGCUUGACCACCAGCCACCUCAGUACAAACUGGAUCCACUGCUGGCUCGUCUGCUGGGCGUGCACACACAGACACGGGCCAGCAUCAUGCAGGCUCUCUGGCUCUAUAUCAAGAACAACAAGCUGCAGGACGGUCACGAGAAGGAAUACAUCAACUGCAACCGCUACUUCAGACAAAUCUUUAACUGUCCUCGUAUGAGGUUCUCUGAGAUUCCCAUGAAGCUGGCGGGUCUGCUGCACCAUCCUGACCCCAUCAUUAUCAAUCACAUGAUUAGCGUGGACCCCACAGAUCAGAAGAAGACGGCUUGUUAUGACAUCGACGUGGAAGUGGACGACCCACUGAAGGGCCAGAUGAACAGUUUCUUGUCCUCUACAACCAACCAACAGGAAAUUGCUGCCCUGGAAAUGAAGAUCCACGAGACGAUCGAGUACAUCAACCAGCUGAAGACUGAGAGAGACUUCAUGCUGAGCUUCAGCAAUAAUCCUCAGGAUUUCAUCCAGGACUGGCUCAAGUCCCAGAGUAGAGAUCUGAAGUUGAUGACAGAUGUGACUGGAAAUCCAGAGGAGGAGAGGAGAACAGAGUUCUACCAGGCGCCCUGGGUACGAGAGGCAGUGGGCAGAUACGUUUACUCCAAGGUGCAACAAAGAAGACAGGAGUUGGAGCAGGUGCUGGGGAUUCGUCUCACCUAAACACAUUCCAGAGGAGAUCCUGCCAACUUGGGAUAGCUCAGGUUUUUGAACUGUGGUUGUGUGAAGCACUGAAACAUAACCAGUGCUGUGCAUCUUCCCUUCACCUUGAACCUAGAAUUUCAGCCUUGUAACAAAAGGCUCACCUUUAUAAGAUCUAUCAGUUUAUCCCAUUAGACAACUGGAACCUGAACGUUGUGUUGCUUUGUGAACUUCUCCCUCUCCUGCACCCAAGGCCAUUGAGAAAAUUAGCAAUUUUACAUCAUAACACACAGAGGAAUGGUUGAUCCACUGAUUGACACAAAUUUAUCAAACAAGGCAGCAGUCUGUCUAACCAUAAGCUAGUAGUACAGGAGAGCAGUCUUGUAUAAAGUACCUUAAAGGGAUACUUGAGUAAAGUACAAGUAUUUUACCAGAAAAAGACUUUGGUAGAAGUUGAAGUCAUUUUUUGUAAUGUUACUUAAGUUAAGUCUUAAAGUAUCAAAAGUAAUUUUCUGAUAUAAAACAUUGAAGUGUGUGAAUAUGUGUGAAAAAAAGUAGCUCAUCAAGACAAGAAAAGCUCUAUAUAAAUACAGACCAUAACCAUAGCCUCUUCUUCUUCUGAUUUAUUUCAAAGUAACAAAGAUAGUUAGAGGAAAUGUAGUGGAGUAAACGUUGCUAGAAAUAUAAAUAACAAAGUAAAGUACAGAUAUGUACAUUUUGUACUUAAGUGAUAUUUGUACUUUGUUAUAUUACAACACUGCAGGAGAGUGAGCAGUUUACAGAGCAACACACAUUUCAGUGUCCUGUUGAAAAGGCUGUGUAAUGUGUUAUCACUUUUUUAUGAGUUGAGCCGUUUGUGAAGCAGCAACUAUGUGUCAAUACCACAACUUCACUUCAAAACCUGAACUACCCCUUUUACUCCGUUCAGAUUGGAAUUUGACUGGAAAUGCACAAGCUUGUGUUGGAGCUUGUGCUCACAAAGCCAUCCUCACUGAUAUGAGAAACCAGCCUGUGCCUUUGUUCUUCCUUUAAAGAGUUUUGAGCUUAUUUACAUUUUGAUAUUUACAUGUCCUUAAUAAUAUCACGUUUGCUUUGCAUUGUCUGUUAUUUUGAGCCGCUCCGAUGACCUUUGCCUUGUUUUGCAGUACGUUUCUGUUUAUGGUACACUAUGUUAAAGCCAUUGUGAGCGUCGCUGCUGACUCUGUGUGCUAAUAAAGCCAUAACCUUUAGCCAGAUUUCUGCUAACAUCUCAAUCAAGAGGAGAAAUGGUAGAAUUAAGCAUUUCAUUUUAAUGUAUCAGAAUCAGACUUGGCUUAAUUGGCCAAGUUUAUACAAGGAAUUCAAAAUUCCAUCCUAUAUUUUUUAUCCUUAUAAAGGAAUUUGUGACAUAUCUAUGGACUUUGAUAGUAAGCUGUUCAUGUUGAUGGUGACUUUGCAGAUUUUGGUGCUGUUUUCUAUUGUUGAAUUUAUCAUUUGAAUUGAAAUAUUUCUUGGGUUUUGCUAGGAAAGCUCUGUUUUUGGAACAUUACUUGUACAAAGAGGGGAAUCCACUCUGUUGAGCCAUAAUACAGCAGUUAUUUGUACUUUUUGAAUGUUUACAUGUUGUGUUUUCUUUGUUGCUGGGUGUUUUAUUAUUGUGUUUAAUGCCAGGAAGAGGAGCUGUCGCAGGGACAAGUUCAACAGUUUUGCAACUUGAUUUUCGGUUGAAUCCUGUUGAGGUUUUUUCUGAAAACAUUUCUACAGUUUGUCAAAAACAUUCCAUAUUGUCAGAUUGUGUUUUGUGACAAAGCCUCUUUUGACAAAUGUGUGUGUUCCUUUUGUACACAUUCUUUGUAAAACGUUUACAUGUGGUGUAUCAAUCAAAGGCCUUUAUCUUUUAUACAUUUGGAGUAUUUUUGACAAUAAACAUACUUACAAAUGA